UUCAAGAUCGGUUAUGACUUAUCUUGUUAAGCCUGACACGAUGCUCACGUUAGAAUCGACCCAAUACCGCUGUGGUAUCGCCGAUUUCAAUUAUUUUGCAUCGUCCCGCUCGCGUUAAGUGCCCGGAAGUAGUGACUUCACGGAAGCUCGUGUUGCUUCAGGCGACACAUUCACUGAACUCGUCUUCCUAGUCUUUCACCGCUAUAUCCAGGUAGUACGUCAGGACCGCUGCUGGCCUCCACCAGAGUUUCCUCAGGCAUAGUUCACCAUCUUUUUUUCCUACCCAAAGCGGCGGUAAGACGACUCGGAGUUUUGUUUGAGAUAACAUUUAGUGACGCUGCUAGGUUUGUGAGUAACACGCAGUUAAUGACUAGCUACAUAUGGUCAAAGUUCCUGUUUGAAUUGCUGGCAUAUUUUAAGAUAAUUUGACUUCUGGGACAAAAGUAUCUUAUUCACAACUUUGGUGCUUGAUAACUUAACGACACGUCCAACUAUACGUUUUAUGUUGUUUUCACGUCUGAUCAUUAGGCUAUGAUAUACUUGUUUUAACAAUGAAUGGCGUGGUCGCUCAUUAGCGCCCCCUCACACAUUACCACUGUAGUUCUUCAGCUCUCUGACCCGAGGAGAGUAGUUGCUAAUAACUGGUAACUCAUUGUCAUUGGAAUACGGUGACCAGUGCACAGUAUCUCACACCAGGAAAUACAUGGAAAUAAAUCCCCACCAAUAAUUACAACACAGAGCUCAGGAGACCUGUACCACCCAGAGCUACAGGGCCUUCAGCGGGGGUUACAGCAUCAGACACCACCAUGGCGACGGCGUUACAGCGCGUGGCGGUGGUCGGUGCUGGGGCCGCGGGACUUUGCGCAGCCAGACAUAUACUGUCCAGACCGGACCGCUUCGCCCCCCCGGUCCUUUACGAGCUGUCCACUAACGUGGGCGGGACCUGGUGCUAUGAAGAGCGAGUAGGCACGUACGACGAUGGACGACCCAUUCUCAGCAGCAUGUACCGACACCUGAGAACCAACCUUCCCAAGGAGGUGAUGAUGUUCCCAGACUUCCCGUUUGAGGAGCUGCCAAGGAGUUUCCUGCCCCACCAGGAAGUACGCCGCUACCUGGAGACCUACUGUGACAACUACAAGAUCAGCCCUCACAUCAGAUUCAGCACAGUGGUGGAAGACGUGAAGGGUGUCGUCAUGGCAACAGGUGGUGAGGAGGAGCGGACAACCUGGGAGGUGAUGUCAUCUGAUGGCUUGGGCUGUCGUAGAACGGAGAUGUUCGACUCUGUGUUUGUGUGCUCAGGGCAUUAUUCCGAUCCGUACAUCCCAGAUGUGGCCGGCUUGGAAAAGUUCAAAGGCCAGGUCCUUCACAGCCACGCCUACAGGAGUGCAGAUGCCUUCUCCGGUCUAUCUGUGGUCGUUCUGGGAGCGCGAGCAUCCGGAUUGGACAUUUCCUUGGAGUUGGCCAAUGUCGGCGCUCAGGUGACCUUGAGUCACGGCCGUCCUCCUCUCACCUUUCCUCUUCCCGCUGAGAUCCGACAGUCCAGUCUGGUGGCGUCGGUCGAAGACGAUGGCAGAAUUCGCUUCCAGGAUGGCUCGCUGAAGGAAGCCGAUGUCCUGCUCUUCUGUACCGGAUACAAGUUCAGCUUUCCCUUCCUGGAUGCUCAGCAACUGGCUUUAGACAUUCAGGACCACUUGGUGGCACCGCUGUAUCGCUUCAUGAUGCCGCCCGCCUUUCCCUCACUCUUCUUUAUUGGAAUCUGCAAGACCAUCUGCCCCUUCCCCUACUUCCACUGUCAGGUCCAGUUUGCUCUCUCCGUGCUGGACGGGUCUGUCUCUUUGCCAUCUCGGGCCCAGAUGGAGGACGAGGUCCGGCAAUGGCAGCAGGGGAAAGUAGAUGUUGGAGUGCCGUUGCGCCACCUGCUGGUGAUGGAUCAGGAUCAGUGGGAGUACCUCAACACAAUAGCAGACGAAGCCGGCUUCCCGCCACUGCCUCCGGUAGUACGAAGCCUGUACGAGGAGGUGUGGCAACAGCGGCAGGUUCACCCCCAAAACUACCGCCAGCUCAAAUACAGACUUGUGAGUGACACCCAGUGGCAGUUGGUGGACGAUGCAGGUACAUCAUCCUACAACGGCCGUGAUGGUGGCGACUCCGUCAUUUAAGGGGUCAUGACAGCUCUGACGUUUUUAGCCACAUAGUUGUUCAUUUAAAUGACACUUUUGGAUCUGCACUCAUUCCGCGUCCUCUCCUACUACGAGUGAAGGCGUAGAAAGUAAAGUAGAGGGAUUAGGGAUGUCCAAUAUGUUGGCAUAAAUAUGUUAUAUCAUAUCUGUAAACGAUAUCGGUGCACAAGUGAUAACCUAAAAGCCUUAGAUUAUAAAUAUGCAAUGACUGUAAAGCACUGAUUAAGCGAAGAAUUAGUUACUUGCAGUGUUAAUAAGUGAAUAGAGAAGCAGUGCUGAUUGUAUUAAUCCACAGUUUCAAACUUUGCACUUUACCAUGUUCUUAUACUGAUGCCUGUGCCACAUAAAAAUGCAGCUUUCCAAAUUUUUAUCAUUGCCAAUCAUAUUUGAUUGCAUUAUCUUAUGUGAAUUUAUUGAAGACUAACCUGUCUUGUUUAUAGUAAGAGUUGACUCUGACUAUUGGUCACAAUUUUUAAAUAACUAUUCUGUUGAGGCAAAAUGAUUAAAAUACACUUAAAAUACCUUGGAUUGCAUAUUGCAGUAUUUGUCUUAUUUUG